GGAAGGGAAAGAUUGCGGCUUUAGUCAAAUAAUAAGUAGGAGAGCAGAAGAAGGUAAGCACGGCAAAAUUCCCAAUCCUCACGAAAUCGGAAUCGAUGGCGGUUCUUCUACUCUUCUUCCUCGCCUUCCACUUCUCUCGAUCGAUCUCCACCCUGGCCCAAUUCCUGCCGGCGACCCGGCUCCGGGAAUCGGGCUGCGGCGGUUUCGUGGUCUCCGUCGUGGAUUACGGUGCGGUCGGCGACGGGAGGCGGUACGACACGUGGGCGAUCCAGGCGGCGAUCGACGAGUGCGCGGCGAUGGGGGGAGGGCGAGUGCGGUUCCCGGCGGGCAGGGACUACCUGACUGCGACGGUAGUGCUGCGGUCGAGGGUGGUGCUGGAGGUGGAGAAGGGGGCGCGGAUCCUCGGGGGGACGAGGGAGGAGGACUACCCGGCGGACGCGGCGCGGUGGUACGUGGUGCUGGCGGAGAACGCGACCGGGGCGGGGAUCACGGGGGGCGGGGAGAUCAACGGCCAGGGGGAGGCCUUCGUGGUUCGGAGGGACCCAAGGAAGAACGUGAUGGUGAGCUGGAACCGGACGGGGGCGUGCCUGGGGGACGAGUGCCGCCCCCGCCUCGUGGGCUUCAUCGACUCCAAGGACGUUCGGAUCUGGGACAUCACGCUCAACCAGCCCGCCUACUGGUGUUUACAUCUAGUCAGGUGCGAUAACACAUUGAUUCACGAUAUAUCCAUUUAUGGAGAUUUUGAUUCCCCCAACAAUGAUGGCAUCGACAUCGAGGAUUCAAACAACACAGUCAUCACAAGGUGUCAUAUUGACACCGGAGAUGAUGCAAUAUGUCCAAAAUCUUCGACAGGGCCUGUAUAUAACUUAACAGCAACAGACUGUUGGAUUCGCACCAAAUCUAGUGCAAUUAAGCUUGGAAGCGCUAGCUGGUUUGAUUUCAGAAGGUUCUUCUUCAACAAUAUUGACAUUGUGGAUUCACAUAGAGGGCUUGGGAUGCAGAUACGAGAUGGAGGAAAUGUGAAUGACAUUGUCUUCUCUAACAUCAGAAUAAGCACAAGAUACUAUGAUCCUUCGUGGUGGGGAAGAGCAGAGCCUAUUUACAUCACAACCUGCCCGAGGGAUUCAAAUUCAAAAGCUGGGUCUAUCUCCAACGUCCUCUUUGUUAACAUAUCAGCAACUUCGGAAAAUGGAGCGUUCCUAUCGGGUUCCGGUGGUGGACUUCUUAGAAAUCUAAGAUUCGAAAAUGUCCAAUUAACUUAUAGAAGAACAACCCGCUAUCCAGGUGGGUUGUAUGAUUACAGGCCUGGAUGUCAGGGCCUGGUUCCUCACAGAAUGGGUGGAAUCAUGAUGGAGCAUGUUUCAGGUCUGGAGAUAGAGAAUGUGAAGAUGAGGUGGAUUAAGAGCAACUCAAGAGGCUGGAACAACCCUCUUGAGUUCACACCUUCCACUGUAAACAAGCUCUCUUUCCAUGAAUGGCUGUCAGAUGUCUCUUAGCCAAAAGAAAAAAAAAAGAAAAAGAUCAAAGGAUUUCAAUUUGAGUGAAGGCUCCCAGGUCAUUCUUAUGCAAAAUCAGAAUAGAUACUAUGUCUCUAUUUAUUUGUUAUCAUUUGCUCAUGAUUAAUAAUUUUCUCUUCUGAUUGGGUA